CUGACAUUUGAUUUUGUUUGUCCUGCAGGGAAAGUAGGAGUCAAUGCUGAAUGGCUGGUGACUGUUUUCUCUGCAGCCCUGAAGAGCAGCAUGUGGCAGAGCCUGCCUCACCAGCAGGCACUGAAAUUACUCAGUGACCCCCAUUUCCCUUAACGCUACCCCGUCUGCACAGAGCACAAAACUUCCUGCCCACAGUUUGUGUGCAAGAGUUUCAUCAGCAAAGAUUUUCCCUCUUCAGUGACUCAAGAGGAAGCCUUUCCCUGGUUUGACCUGAUAGCUGCACGACUGAGAGAGUCUCCCUUUAGCCAGUUGCUGGAAACGAGUAAGCUUGUCCAGAGCCAUCUUGCUCUACUAUACCGGGCAGCCUUUAGAGACUGGCCUACAAAGCAAGGUGGGCCUAUCAGCACCAAGACAUCUCUUCCUUCAGCUGCAGCAGAGGGUGGUGUGACAUUGGAUGAGAGGACUUCAUUCUCCAUAGCUGCUUCCGACAUUUUCUCAGAAAGCCCAGAGGAAACAACUAUUAUUCUAAACCCUCAUAAACUCUAACAAAGCCUAGAUCAGAAAGCAUUGCUGAGAUCUCAUCCCAGCCUCCUCCCAGGACUGAGGGAUGCAAGAGCCAGCACUCUUCACUCUUAGUGUCUCCAGCCAAAUACCCAAUGUACACAUUUGCUUCUACAAGUUUCACCCUUUAGGCUGCUCAGCAGACUUGUUUCUCUCUAACUGUCCGAGUCUUGCCUUAUUUUGGUCUGAAUUUGCUUAUUACCUAGCCAUCUUGGCGUACAAACUGCUUCCAUUUCACUGGGUUUCUGUUGCAGUUUCACUAGAAAGCUGAAAUGCAAAACCAAAUUACAGUUA